UCGGCAGUCAGUCAACUAAGACUAAUCUAUUGGGCAUGGACAGGAGGAGCGAGGUUCAGUGCGCCCUGUGAGAUAGAGCGAGAGAGAGUGUGAGGAGUGCGAGGCUUGCUGCACGUGACGCCACCACCUCGGUUUGCAGUUCUAGUUCACUUGCUCGGACUCUUGUUGACAGUGAGCGAGGAGAGGGAGAUGAAGCGCGCCUGAAGGCCAAGGUGACGUGCAGGUUACUCGUCUUCGCGGCGUGACAAACUCCACCACCAACUGUAACUCAUUCACUGGAAAGUACGCAAAAAUGGAAACUGUGAAAAAGGAACGCGUGUCACCUCUGCUGGGGGAGACAGGAGGGACCUACGAGCCCCCCACCAGGAACUGUGUCACCUCAACACCAGCCACGCCUGUGCAAAACAGCCACGACCUCAAACCGCCCGUCAAGACUUACCUGCCCCAGCAACCCGCGCCACCACCAGCGCCGCAACCACCCCAGACCACCGCCCACCCGUCACCCACGCUGCCCACCGUCAUCACCACCGUGUCAUCCUCCCAGAACACCACCACGGCACGGGGCGCGGAGGUGACGAGCGUGGGUGUGGAUCCCGAGCUGAUUGCCGCCCAGGCGUCCAGCUUUUCCGGGGAGAUUGGCGACGCCGUGACCAAGAUACUGGAAGACUACGACUGGUCCAAGAUUCCUCUGGCGAACAAGGACGCCGCGGGUGCCAGCGAGCGGCGGAAGGUCCACGUGAAAAGGCCAAUGAACGCCUUCAUGGUCUGGGCUCAGGAGGCACGACGCAAGCUGUCCUGUACCAACCGUCAGGUGCACAACGCUGAGCUCUCCAAGUCCCUCGGCAGGAUAUGGAGAGGCAUGACGGAGGACCAAAAGCGUCCCUUCAUGGAGCGGGCUGACCACCUGCGCCGCAAACACAAGCAGGAGUACCCGGACUACAAGUACCAGCCACGGCGCAGGAAGGAGAAUGUGAAGACUGUGGGCAAACCGAACCCAGUCAAUCUGCAAGACCUUCCCCCCUCCCACCACUUCGUCAGCCCGUCCAAGGCCGGCACCUACGGCGUGGGGCUGCACCCCUUGUCCCCUCCACACUCACCGUCGGAGGCCCCUGUGGCUGGAAGGGGACACCACGAAGGGCCCGUGCCAGACACAGCCUUCGUGUCGGACUGUCUAGCGGACUCACUAGAAAGUAUCGACCGUGCUGAGAUGAAUAAGUACCUCCUCCCAGACCAGGGGCCCCCAGCGCACUACGGCACCACGCCAGCCCACGGUAGUCUCCAUGCAAUAACUACCAUGGCCACCACCAUGGCCACCAUGAAUACUGUAACCACCAUGAACACCAUGAAUUCCAUGACAACCACAGGAGGGAGCAGCCCUUGCACCGUCACCCCCACCUCCCUCACCACGCUGCCGCCCAUCGGUUCUCGCCUGCUGCCGCCUGCCCCAGUGUAUGGCGGCCCAGGCUCCCCUUACUACCCUGGGGGCGCCUCACCGCAGCCACCCAACCACGGCUCCCCAGACUUGCCCUCUGAGCUGGGCACAAAUGUAACCUCUGGAGGAGGCGGCGUGUCCCCAGGGGGCUCACCAGGGUCACCCUCAGGGGAGUUUGUUGAGCUGCAGCCACCUCGCCCCAUGAAGGAGGAGCCGCUGCCGUCCCUGCCCAUGCACAAGACCAACGUGAGCCCCUUCUUGCAUCAGAACCUGUGCUACUCCUCCCAGCCCUACGCCUUCCAGUACUCGUCCUACCCCUACGCCACCAUGUGGCACUGAGUACCCCUCCACACCGCAGUCGGCGCCAAGUACCUUCCUGUCCCGCGAUGGAGGGGAAGCUCUGUGGACGGAUAACAGGUCUCCACAAACCCCCACAAAUGCCUCACCAGCUCACAGCUCAACACCAGAUAUACUGAGUGAGCCAUGCCAGGUUUCUCAAGGGUUGGCUAGCAGGUCUGUGCCGCCGCCCCAGCAGUGGAAGACCAGCAGGUGAUACAGGCGUGUGGAGGCAGCAGCGGCUGCUCGGUGCUGAGGUGGUGGCGCCUCGUGGCCGUGUUGGCAGCGGCUGUUGGUGUUCUAGUGUGCUGUUAUGAUCUUCAUGUAAAUUACUGUCAGUCUGUUUUCUCCGAACUGAGGCCUGCCGUGAUACUCCUGGUGUGGGCGUGGCACGCACGGCGAAGCAGCGUCGCGCCUGGGCUUGCAACCUGCCGCCGGGGAAGGCAAGAACCGCACAUUCGAUGCCCCGCUCACUCAUUCCGCAGUGUAUCACUUACUACAUAUCGUAUGGAUGUUGUUUAUAAUGAAGUAUAUCUUGCAUAAGACAUUUCAUAGAUAAGACAUUUCGUGCAUGGAUCGUUAUGUACAUUUAAGAUUUGUUGCAAAUGAACAUGUUCAUGAAACGUAUUGUAGAAAAGUCAUCGUAAAAUAGUUAUUACACACGUGAUAUUUCUCCGCGAUUCCCUUCCCUGUCAGUCACUUCCUCCCAUCCGAUGCAGUAUUAUGGAAGUCUUCGUCUGCGCCCAAGUCGGUCAUGUGCAGUGCUGGUUGUUAAGAUAGCAAGGGCUUGCGUCACGGCGACUCAGCGCGCCGAUGUGACGGGCUUGAGACACACCAAAGCCCCGACUUGGUCAGGCUGCUGAUGGCGUAGCAGUUUAAUGCAGUCGUGUUUUGUAUAUAUGUAUUAGUAAUGAACACAAUGCUCCCUCUCAGCAACAUGGCUGAGUUUCGUUCUGUUAUAUAACUUGAAGUUUACGGUUAAGUAUGUUGGUAGUGAGUCAAGUCCUUCAGAGGCAGCUGAGCGCACCCGCCCCCGCUGUGCCCCACCUGUGCCCGCGGCGCUGCUGGGGACUGGACCAGCGAAGCGGUGGCUCUUCCCCCGCCCAUCCUCUAACAUUUAUCUAUAAUUACGUAUUUAUUUAAGUUUUCUUUGAUAUUUUUGUUUGUACUUAAUUUCAAGUUUAUAUUUAGUUUGUAAGUUUAUCAUAUUUCUACUUCAUCAGUAUAUGUUCAGUUCAAAAGUGCAAAACAAAUUAUCAGCACGGGACCAACAGCCAUGCGCGGCGCACGUACUUACGUAGUCUUUCACGGCUCGAGUUGCUGGCGUCGGUGGUCGGCAUAUUGCUUCUCGAGCCUUGAGCAGCUCUGGGCCUGAAGUGUUCACCGGUGACGCAAGAACAAGUGGCGUAGUUAGCGCGGCAAAGUGAGUGAGACUUCCGUGCAAAGUGAGCGAGUCCCGAGUGUUCGCGAGGAGCCGCUGAGACCAGUGAGGGACAGAACGCAGAGUUGUCACCAAGCUGUGAACCGCGAAGCAAGUGAUCCAAGUGUUUGUUUAUGUACAAUGUUUCCGAUUCAACACCCUGUACCUACGUCACUCCACAAACUUGUAAUGUAUGUAAGGUGAAACACUCAGCAGUAAACACACACACACACACACACACACACACACACACACACACACACACACACACACACACACACACACACACACACACACACGUCAAAAACAAUAAAAAAAAAACAAGAUGAAUAAUUAUUGAGCUAAUCUCAUGAGCAAAUAUAAAGUAAAGAACAUGA